AUGUCGGACGAAGAAAUAAGCCAGCUCGCGUACGAGGGACGAUAUGAAAUUUUCAAGAGAAAGUUAGCAGAAAACAAAGAUUUAGCUACCAAGACGGAUAGGGGUGGUCGCGUACCCCUGCACUGGGCAGCAUCAGGUGGACAUUCAGAAGAAGUGGAAUAUCUGCUCAGGAUGGGAGUGCCUGUAGACCCAAGGGAUGAUGUAAAGUAUACACAGUCACUCUUGGACACAUAACUCAUGUUUUUUGUAACAUCUGUUUUCAGAUCCCAUUGUCAUUAAUUAGUGAUUGGAAAAG